AUGUUCAUCAACCAAGUGAGAAAAGUGAAGCGGAAUCGAACGCGGAUAGCUGCCUGGAAGCAGCAACAGCAGCGGAAGUCGAACUGUGAGCCGGAAUGGAUAGACCUAAUCAGACGUUAUUCGAUUGGCUCGCAUAUACAUGGCUUCUAUCAGCUCUUUUGGCCCACGAUGCGACGGCGCAUGCGUUUGCUGUGGAGCCUGGCGCUGCUUUGUGCCCUAAUCGUGCUCAUCUAUGUUACGUAUCUGCUGGCAGAGCGACAUCAGCGCAAACAGUUUCAUACGAUCGUCGAUGAUUCGCAUUGGCCCAUUGUGAACAUUGCCUUCCCAGCGAUUCUGGUGUGCAACAAGAAUCACUUGAACUGGUCCCGUUUGCCGGAGAUCAGAGAACGCUAUAACAUCAGCGAUGCAGAGCUGCCUUUGGUGGAGAGAGCGCUAACGGCAUUUGAUGCCGUCACGACAUCGCAUCUGGAUGUCUUUGAGAGUCUGCGGGAAGAGCCCCUAGAAACGCUCAAUCAUCUAAACUUCACACAGAUCGUGAUUGAGAUGGCUUGGCGCUGUGAUGAAAUGUUCAGAGAGUGCAGCUGGCAUACGAUGGCUCAGAAUUGCUGCGAGCUCUUUCGGCCACGACGGCUGCCCCAAGGUCCCUGCUUCGCGUUCAACGAGCUGGAGAAGCGACCGAGCGCAGAGACGGGCUUGGGGACGGGCAUAAGUUUUCGUGUGAUGCUGAAUGCGGACAGGCAUGCGCCGGCCAAUAGAGAGUCGAAGGGUUUUGUGCUGGAUGUUGUGGAACCAGGUGUUUGGACCGGCUUUCCCAGGAAUGUGCCCCCUCAUGCGGACCUCAACAUCGGCCUCAGUGCUGUCUACCAUUUCUACGAUAGCGGCACAUAUUCACUGGACAGCAAUCAACGGGAGUGCCUGAUGGACUACGAACAGGAUAGCAAACAGUUUCUCACACUGUUGGGCUUUAAGUAUAUGCUGGAGAAUUGCCAGGCCGAGUGCCAGCAGCACUACAUGCUGAGCUAUUGCAAUUGCACACUGGAUCUGUUCUAUCCGCCCUCGAAUCAUGUUGCCUGCAAGCUGAAGGAUCUGCCCUGCCUAGCGGCACACAAUCAUCUACUGCAGAACUUCGAGCAGCCCGGCGAAAAGUCCUUUGUGGCCCAAAAAGAAGCUGGACUCAUCUGCGAUUGCCUAUACAACUGCAAGUCUCUGACGCUGCUAACCGAUAUGCGCCAAAGUGUUUUUCUGCCAUGGAAAGCGGACAAUGGCAGCCAUAAUUCCUAUUUAGAAUCGAAAAAUCGUUCGAUUUUCGUCACUUUCUAUUAUGACAAGGGAGUUAUUCUGGUCUACAAAACUAGCCUCAUAUAUAGCUGGAUCGAUUUGAUUGUUUCUUUCGGUGCUAUUUUUCAACUUUGUUUAGGCUGUUCGAUUAUUAGUCUGCUUGAGCUUUGCUUUUUUGGGCUGUUCGAUGUGCCACGUUUUUUCUGGACGCACUAUGAAUCAAGGCGCAUUGGUUAA